AAAAAAAAAAAAAAAAAAAAAAAAGACAACUCUCUGGUUUCACUUAAUUAGGGGGAGAUGGCUCUUAUAUCAUGACCCAGCUGCAAGCUACAAAAAGGAGAAUAUUAUCCUUUCUCGCUUUGUCUUAGUAGGGUUUUAAGUGGUUUCUCAUUCUCUUUUUCUUCUGGUCAAAGAAGAAGGCACCGAACCUGCCUGUUUAUUUUACUGUGAGAAUUCCCUUUUGUCGCAAUCCAAGAUCUGAUUCACGGCAGCAAAAUCAUAGCCAACCCAGUAUAUAUUUACAAAGGUAAAUUUAAAGGUGGGUCAUCAUGAACUUUGUGCAAGAAGGGAAAGGGUAUUGUAAUAAUGAAGAAGAAGAAGAGGAGGAAGUGAUGAUAAGAGAAACGACAAUACGUCCCAUGGUUUGGCACCUUUGAUUCUGAUAAUCAAUUUGAAUAUCUUCUCAACAAAAUUACAAAAACCCAUCUAAAGGGAACCUUCGGUUUCCUCAAUAAACACACUCCUCAUGGACUUAUCACUUGCAAGCCACGAAGAAAGUGCCGGAGCUAGCGGCGGCGCAGGUACUUCUACCGAUAUUCAUCAUGCUAUUGAGAAAGAACACAUGUUCGAUAAAGUUGUGACACCAAGCGAUGUGGGAAAACUUAACCGCUUGGUAAUACCCAAGCAACAUGCCGAGAAGUAUUUCCCUCUUGAUGCUUCAUCAAACGAGAAGGGUCUGCUGUUAAAUUUCGAGGACCGCAACGGGAAGCCAUGGCGUUUCCGCUACUCUUAUUGGAACAGUAGCCAGAGCUACGUGAUGACCAAAGGUUGGAGUCGUUUUGUCAAGGAGAAGAAGCUCGAUGCGGGCGACAUCGUGUCGUUUCAACGCGGGGUUGGGGAGUUAGGCAAGGAUCGUUUGUACAUUGACUGGAGGCGUCGACCUGAUGCGGCAGAUCCCACAUCGCUCGCACAUAAUCAAUUUCAGAAUCCGCUCUCCUUUCCUCAGAUAUUCCGGUGGGGCAGACUCUACUCCAUGACUCCUCAAUCUCAUCUGCCUUUACGCCCAAACUACGACCAUUUGCAGCGCUUGAAUUAUGGGAUUUAUCCAUAUCACCACCACCACCACCACCACCAUCAUCAUCAGCAUGAUCAAAGUCAGUACCAGCAGCAGCAGCAGCAGCAGCAAAUUGUUGGCUAUGGCAACAUAAGGCCAUCGGAGCCACAUCAAAUUGCGGGACUGCCGCAUAUGGUGUUUGAUUCCGUGCCUGUUGUUCAUGGAUCAAAGACAGCAGGUAAGAGGCUGAGGCUGUUUGGUGUGAACAUGGAGUGCCCCCAAGAAGAUGACCAAUCCUCAAUUACCAUGCCACGUGGCUCACUGGGUUCAGCUCUUUCUUCUCACACACCUUCCUCCUCUCUCCCUUCUCCCCAAUUCAGGUUGCCCCCUACUGGUAGUGCUCCAUUUUCCACCGACUACUCAGACAAAGGCAAAUCUUCCUUGUCCUUUGAUUUGGAGCUAUGAUCGCAUACACAUAUAUAUAUAUAUAAUGCAACCAACUGGGAAACAACAGGAGAUUUCGUUACUCAAACGGUAGAAUGAAUCUCUUUUUGUUGCUUGACAUCUAAUUGCCAUAUGGGUGGCUAUCAAAGAUAUAUAAUUGGAAGAUAAGUUUUAGUAUUCCAUCAGUUCUACUCUCUUAUUUUGCAUAAUUCCUUUUUUUUAUUAUAAAAGAAAAAAAUAACCUUAAUAGUACAUUGUUAGUUGGGGUUUGGGAUCUGUAAAAGAGCUGCAGAAGAAAGAGAGGGUGCCACCACAAUAUGAAGCUGAAAAUCCUUCAAUUGUGUAUAAUACAUAUACAGAUAUUAUAUCAGCAUUAUAUGUUAUUCUCAAUCAUGUCAAUUAAUUCAAAGUUUCCUGUAUUAGGCCCUGGCUUUUUUGCUCACUAUAUAUACUAUAUGCCUUGUAAUUGGUCUUUUACCGACUUCA